UCGCGGUGCCUAGGCGCCGGCGAGCGGUCGCUCAGUCGAGCGGAGGGGCUGGGCCGGGGCGUGUGCUGCGGCGGGAUGAACAGCAUCAAGAGCGUGCCGGCGCGGGUGCUGAGCCGCAGGCCCGGCCACAGCCUGGAGGCCGAGCGCGAGCAGUUCGACAAGAACCAGGCCAUCAGCAUCAGCAAGGCCAUCAACAGCCAGGAGGCCCCCGUGAAGGAGAAGCAUGCCCGGCGCAUCAUUCUGGGCACACACCACGAGAAGGGCGCCUUCACCUUCUGGUCCUAUGCCAUUGGCCUCCCGUUGCCCAGCAGCGCCAUCCUCAGUUGGAAGUUCUGCCACGUACUGCAUAAGGUCCUGCGGGAUGGCCAUGCCAAUGUGCUGCACGACUGCCAGCGCUACCGGAGUAACAUCCGGGAGAUCGGGGACCUGUGGGGCCACUUACACGAUCGCUAUGGACAGCUGGUGAAUGUCUACACCAAACUCCUGCUGACCAAGAUCUCCUUCCACCUCAAGCACCCCCAGUUUCCUGCGGGCCUGGAGGUGACAGACGAGGUGCUAGAGAAGGCAGCCGGGACCGAUGUCAACAAUAUCUUCCAGCUCACUGUGGAGAUGUUUGACUACAUGGACUGCGAGCUAAAGCUGUCGGAAUCAGUUUUCCGGCAGCUGAACACAGCCAUCGCGGUGUCCCAGAUGGCCUCUGGUCAGUGUCGCCUGGCCCCACUCAUCCAGGUCAUCCAGGACUGCAGCCACCUCUACCACUACACAGUGAAGCUGCUGUUCAAGCUGCACUCUUGUCUCCCAGCAGACACCCUGCAAGGCCACCGGGACCGGUUCCAUGAGCAGUUCCACAGUCUCCGGAACUUCUUCCGCAGAGCCUCGGACAUGAUCUACUUCAAGCGGCUCAUCCAGAUCCCCCGGCUGCCUGAGAGUCCCCCCAAUUUUCUGCGGGCCUCAGCCCUAGCUGAGCACAUCAAGCCCGUGGUGGUGAUCCCUGAGGAGGCCCCAGAGGACGAAGAACCUGAGAACCUCAUUGAGAUCAGCACUGGGCCCCCCGCCGGGGAGCCUGUGGUGGCUCCCGACCUCUUUGAUCAGACCUUCGGACCCCCCAAUGGCUCCAUGAAGGACGACAGGGACCUCCAGAUAGAGAGCCUGAAGAGGGAGGUGGAGCUGCUCCGCGCCGAGCUAGAGAAGAUCAAGAUGGAGGCCCAGCGGUAUGUGGCGCAGCUGAAGGGACAGGUGAAUGCCCUGGAGGCUGAGCUGGAGGAGCAGCGCAAGCAGAAGCAGAAGGCCCUGGUGGACAACGAGCAGCUCCUCCAUGAGCUGGCCCAGCUGCGGGCCGUGCAGCAGGAGGGCGCGCGGAACCAGGGCCUACGCGAGGAGGCUGAGAGGAAGGCGAGUGCCACUGAGGCGCGCUACAGCAAGCUGAGGGAGAAGCACAGCGAGCUGAUCAACACACAUGCCGAGCUGCUCAGGAAGAACGCAGACACCGCCAAGCAGCUGACAGUGACACAGCAGAGCCAGGAGGAGGUGGCCCGGGUGAAGGAGCAGCUGGCCUUUCAGAUGGAGCAGGUGAAGCGUGAGUCCGAGUUGAAGCUGGAAGAGCAGAGUGACCAGCUGGAGAAGCUCAAGAGGGAGCUGGAGGCCAAGGCGGGCGAGCUGGCGCACGUGCAGGAGUCCCUGAGCCGCACGGAGCAGAGCGGGUCAGAGCUGAGCUCGCAGCUGGAUGCGCUGAGCACUGAGAGGAAUGCACUGAGUAGUGCCAUGCGGCAGCAGGAAGCCGAGCUGCGGGCAGCCCAGGACCUGGUGCAGGAGAAGGAGGCAGCCCUGAGCCAGGAGCGGCAGCGCAGCUCUCAGGAGAGGGCCGAGCUGCAGGGGCGGCUGGCAGAGAAGGAGUCUCAGGAGCAGGGGCUGCGGCAGAAGCUGCUGAACGAGCAGUUUGCAGUGGUGCAGGGCGCGGCUGCCGAGGCCAGGGCCAUCCUGCAGGAUGCUGUGAGCACGCUGGACGACCCCCUGCACCUGCGCUGCACCAGUUCCCCAGCCUAUCUGGUGAGCAGGGCUCAGGCGGCCCUGGACGCCGUGAGUGUCCUGGAGCACGGUCACAGUCAGUACCUGGCCUCCCCGGAGGACGCCUAUGCCCUGGUGGCAGCCCUGACCCGAUUUUCCCACCUGGCUGCAGAGGCCAUCGUCAAUGGGGGCGCCACCUCCCACCUGGCUCCCACCGAUCCUGCUGACCGCCUGAUGGACGCCUGUCGGGAGUGUGGGGCCCGGGCACUGGAGCUCAUGGGGCAGCUACAGGAGCGCCAGGCACUGCCUCGGGCACAGCCCAGCCUGGUGCGGCACCCCCUGCAGAGCAUCCUCCAGCUGGGCCAGGAGCUGAAACCCAAGAGUCUGGAUGUACGGCAGGAGGAAUUGGGAGCGGUGGUUGACAAGGAGAUGGCAGCUACAUCCGCAGCCAUCGAGGAUGCUGUGCGGAGGAUCGAGGACAUGAUGAACCAGGCCCGCCAUGAGAGCUCAGGGCUGAAGCUAGAGGUGAAUGAGAGGAUCCUCAACUCCUGCACAGACCUGAUGAAGGCUAUCCGACUCCUGGUGAUGACCUCCACCAGCCUGCAGAAGGAGAUCGUGGAGAGUGGCAGGGGGGCAGCCACACAACAGGAAUUCUACGCGAAGAACUCGAGAUGGACGGAAGGCCUCAUCUCUGCCUCCAAGGCUGUGGGCUGGGGAGCGUCGCAGCUCGUGGAGGCGGCGGACAGGGUGGUGCUGCACACAGGCAAGUAUGAGGAGCUCAUCGUCUGCUCGCACGAGAUCGCGGCCAGCACUGCCCAGCUGGUGGCUGCCUCCAAGGUGAGCUGUGCUGCUGCCCGCGACCGCCUGGCGCCCGACUGGGCUGCGGCCAAGGCCGGGGCUGGCCGCCCAGCCCUCUCCACCCACUGCUGUCCCACCCAGGUGAAGGCCGACAAGCGCAGCCCGUGCCUCGGCCGCCUACAGGAGUGCUCACGUGCUGUCAAUGAGAGGGCCGCCGGCGUGGUGGCCUCCACCAAGUCGGGCCAGGAGCAGAUCGAGGACAGAGACACCAUGGACUUCUCCGGCCUGUCGCUCAUCAAGUUGAAGAAGCAGGAGAUGGAGACGCAGGUGCGCGUGCUGGAGCUGGAGAAGACGCUGGAGGCGGAGCGCGUGCGGCUCGGGGAGCUGCGGAAACAGCACUACGCGCUGGCUGGGGGCGUGGGGCCGCCCGGUGAGGAGGAGCCCAGCCGGCCCGCCGCUGCCCCUCGGGGAGCCACCAAGAAGCCACCCCUGGCCCAGAAGCCCAGUGUAGCACCAAGACAGGACCAGCAGCUGGAUCGCAAGGAAGGAACGUGCCCUCCUCAGCUCAACUACUAGGCCCCUGAGAGCCGGCGGGUGGCUGGCUUCGGGCCUGGGCUGUCAAGAGGGUAGCCCAGGUCAGCGUCCGUAGGCCUGCGAGCCAGUGUGGGUGGCAACUGUGCGCGGCUGCGGGGCUGCCGCUCUGCAGGAACACAGGGCCUUUUUACUGUCCAGCUUUGAUCUUCAUUUCCAAGUUUAUAGUGUGCGUAUUGGAGAGGGAGCCAGCCCAGGGGCCUCCCCCACCGUCCCCCCAGACCCAGCAAGUCUGCAGCUGUCGGUUGUAGGUGGGGUCCCUGCUGGCAGCUGGGGACGAGGGUACAGCCAGCAGCCUGUGUGGCCUGGAGUCUUUGAGGGGUACUGAGCCCUCAAGUCUCCGAGGUAGCUGGGUUGUGGCCCUCGCUCCUUGGCCUGGUGCUAGGGCACCCAUGUUGGGUGCCCCCCAGCAGGUGGCUGGCGCUGUGGGUGGUGAGAGCCACAGGAGCCAUGCCCAUGGGCAGUGCUGGCUCAGGGCUGCCUUGCCCCUGGAGUUCCACUCCCAGCUGGACUAUGGCCACACCCCCCCCCUUGUUUUCCCUUCGGAUCUGACUGCUUUCCCACCACCUGUCAAGGUGGUGGCCUCAGGCCUCCAGCUUUGGUUGGGAAAAUCCUGGGUCCACUGGACCCUGUUCUGGACAAGGUGGUCACCAUCAGAGAGGGACGCCUGGACUGCAAGCUCAGUCUUACAGCCCCAGCUGGAUUGAAAUGAGUUCUGUUCCCUGAGCCUGGGGGGAGCUGGAGUUGGGGACCAGGCCAGAAGCACAGAGCUGGGAGGUCAGAGUGGACAAGGUCCCUCCACUGGCCCUCUCCCUUGAGGGGGAGGGAGCCCCCUUCUGUGCUCUGGUCAGCAUUCCUGGCAAUAAACCGCACUGACUGUUGUCACCAGUGCCCCAAGGAAGGA